CAGGUCCCUGGAAGCAGCCAAACUGUCGGUGACUGUUGCAAACACAUGCUCGCUCUCAGCUUGGAUCUCUCUUCAGUCGCUGCCAAGGGAGGAGGAGGAGAAGGAGGAGGAGGAGAAGAAGAAGAAGUGAGGCUGGAAGGAACAGACUGAAACACACAGAUAGAAAAGAGAAAGAGACUUGGACCAACCUCUGACUGCUUACCUCUCGCCUCUACCUUGGCUGACAGUGUGAGAGACUGGAGGCAGCCGACAAGUGAUGCCUCGCACUCUCUGGAGCAGCACAUAGUCAGGACUUUCUUCAGCUUUCUCUUUCUACAUUUUCCUCUCUCUGUUUCAAUGAUGAGGAGAGACCGUCUCUUCUUAGCCGCGACCCUCACAGCCAUCUUCUCCGCUGACCUCUACUUUAUCCUCCUGCCAAAGCUACGGAGCGUGGGGCAAGGAUCGGGACACUUUUGCUCAUGUGGUCACAACAACCUCACCCUUCCCAGGCACGGGGGUCUCGCCACCCCCCAGCUUUCCAACUGGACUUCUGUGCCGCCCCUGGAUGGUACCACAUCUGAACCCACUGGUGGGGGCUCAAAGCUGGGGAGGCUGUUUGCUCACCCUCUGUAUAACAUCCAGACUCCGGUGCUGGGGCCAGAGGAGAGGCUGCUGCAGGCGGAGCAGCUGAUGGAGUACUACAGGAGGAAGGUGUCACGGUGGGAAAGACAUAUGAAACUCUACAGUGAGGCAGCGGCUGUGUCCAACAUCACUGUAAUCGAACAUGAAGUGACCUUUGACCCCGACGCCAGCUGGCUGAAGUUCCACCUGGGAAUAAGCCGCUACGCUCUGUACUCCCGCGAUGACCCCGCUAUCCCACAACUCCUCAAGGAGAUGCAGAGCAUGACGGUCGUCAGCGCAGAUUACACUCAAGAUGAGAAGGCCCUAAAAGGAGCAUGUGAUUGUACCCAAGUUGUGAAGCCCAGUGGACAUCACCUGAAACUGGCUUUGAAGAUGCAAAACUUUGCUAAAGCCAUGUUCAAACCAAUGAGACAGCAGAGGGACGAGGAGACUCCAGAAGACUUCUUCUAUUUUGUCGAUUUCCAGAGACACAAUGCAGAGAUUGCUGCCUUUCACCUGGACAGGAUCCUGGACUUCCGGAGGGUCCCGCCGGUGGCUGGCAGACUGGUGAACGUCACAGGAGAGGUCCUCCAAGUCACCCACAACGAAGACCUGCGAGCCGUCUUCUUCACCUCACCAGCGAACAACACAUGUUUCUUUGCCAAGUGCCUAUAUGUGUGUAAGACCGAAUACGCCGUGUGCGGGAGCCCCGACCUGCUAGAGGGCUCCCUGUCUGCCUACCUGCCCGGCCUCAGUAUCGCUCCCCGCAUCUCCAUCCCCAACCCCUGGAUACGCUCCUACACCUUCACUGGACGAGAAGAGUGGGAAGUGAAUCCCUUCUUCUGUGACACCAUAAAGCAGCUGUAUCCCUAUAACUCAGGCAACAGGCUCCUCAACAUCAUAGACAUGUCCAUCUUCGACUUCCUUACGAGUAUUUUAUACCACUACCUACUACUAUCAUCUACUAUUCACAUGAGCACUAGAACUUUUACUGUCUAUAAUCUAUAUAUUUCUGUAAUUUUUUUUGUCCCUGUUAAAGGCAACAUGGACAGGCACCACUAUGAGAUUUUUACCAAAUUUGGGGACGAAGGAUUUCUUCUCCACUUGGACAAUGCCAGAGGGUUUGGGAAGCACUCUCAAGAUGAGAUGUCCAUCCUGGCUCCGCUAUCUCAGUGCUGCAUGAUAAAGCACUCCACUCUGUUGCGGCUCAAGCUCCUGGCCCGACCAGAUUUCAGGCUCAGCGAUGUGAUGAGGGAAUCCCUGGAGGGAGACCCUUUACAGCCGAUCCUGACGAACCCCCACCUCUUAGCCCUGGACCGCAGGUUACAGAAGGUCCUCAGAGUGGUCCAGCGCUGCAUCCGGCGGCUGGGCGAGGACGAGGUGAUCACUAAGGACUUUGUCAAAUCCUCAGCGAGACCUCAGACUGCCACAGAGACGAAAAAGGUCAGGUAGCAGCCUCCUCAUAGCUGCUCUUUGUACUGCAGAGGACUUCAUGAUGAAGCGCAGUCACCUCAUGAGCAAACAAGGCUCAGAUGGUUUAAGGAACAAGCUAUAAAUGGACGACGCUGUGAAAUCUUCAGAGCAGCUUGUCAGAGACGGAAGGCAUCAUUUUGUGCAGGUUCAGAACAUGAAUCACUGCAGGCCUCAAAUUCCUAUCACAGAGGGAGCCAUACUUUUUCAUUUCCUUUUGUUUCUCUCAUGGUCAUAAAUUCCCCCAAAGGUACAUUUUAUGACGGGGCUCUCACUUUUCAUGUGCACCUACACCAUCAGAGUGGUUUGGGGGUUAAUACAUUUAAAGGAACAAUUAAAGACCAAUUUCAUAUGGAAAAUUAGCUGGAAGAGUAAAAAUAAAGCAGUAACAGUAUCAGGGAAUAUUUCAUUGAUACAUCAGGCCAUAGGCACUCUCUCACUGUCAUACACAUUCAGCAAUGGAGUUAACAUUUCUAAGAGAGCUGUGAUGCACUGGAAAACUCAAAUUAAUGCUGGUGAAUAUAGUGGUUAUGGAAAGAAAGCUUUGUGUGUCCACGUGAUGUUAUAAUUAUAAAAUAAAGUUAUUUUAUGUGA